AUGUACCUCUAUGCUGUGCGCGUGCUGGCAGCCAGACCGACAUUAUUGUUGUACCGAGUAAUUUGUGAUACAAAAAAUGGAAGCAGACAAUUUCAUAUCCGGCCCUAUCAAGCGCAGCUUGAAGAAGUGGCUAUCAACAAAAACACUAUUAUUCAUUUGCCGACAGGAUCAGGCAAAACUUUUAUUGCCAUCCGUCUUAUCACCCGGUUUCGGGAAGCGCUACAGAAGCCAUGGGGUGCGGGAGGCAAGCGGACAUUCUUUCUUGUCAACACCAUACCGCUGGUAAACCAACAGAAAAAAGUAAUUGAAAAUAUCUGUCCUGUCAAUGGAGUUGGUGCGUACAGCGGAGAAGACAGGGUAGACUAUUGGAAUAAAGACAAAUGGGAUGAGGAGCUCUCUAAAAACCAGGUCAUCGUAAUGACCUGUCAGAUAUUGAGCGACAUGCUAACGCACCAGUACAUACAAAUCGAGGAUAUAAACCUGCUGAUUUUCGACGAGUGUCACCACGCGGUGGAUGACCAUCCUAUGAGGCUGGUCAUGAAGCAUUUCGAACAUUGCCCUACGCACAAACACCCGAGGGUCCUUGGUCUCACAGCGACGUUGUUGAACAGUAACGUGGCAAUAUCAAGCAUUCAACAGUCUUUGAAAGAUCUCGAGACGACUUUCCAUGCUACCAUCGCCACUGUCAAUGAACUGGGAGAGGUUUUGAACUACUCCACCAAUCCUAACGAGUUUGUAGAGUUCUACCAGACACCGCAAGUAACACCAUCGGCCGCAAAAGCACUGGAUAUCCUUAGGGUGCUGAUAGACUACAUAUUGUCGGUUCAACUGCCGCAAACGAAUCUUUCACAAGAGAUCAAACUCAAGAAGUAUCAGCAAGAUAUCACUACUGACCCUAAAAAGAUAGUAAAAGCAGUAAAGAACAUGAUAAGUUCAGUGAUGAUGUUCAUAAAAGACCUUGGCGUAUACGGUGGGUCUUUGAGCAUCACCUCUUACAUCAUUCUCCUGGAGCGGCUUAAGCGGAAGUCUUUAAGCAAAGAACAAGAGUUACUUUACGAAUUCGUAAUAACACACUUAACGAAAGCAAGAAUGAUAUUAUUACUGUCCAUGUCAAAGGAAGAGGGGUAUGAGAGAAUUAUCAAACAUUCUUCAGACCAGAUUAUACAGCUGCUAAAUGUAUUAAAAGAGUUCAACCCCGAUUUAUAUAAUAAGCCUGGAGUAAUACGAAGAAAAAACAAAUCGAACGAGCCUCUAUCGGGAAUAAUCUUCACACAACAGCGAUUCACCGCCAAAAUCCUGUAUAACUUACUCAAAGACGUGAAACAAGCUAACCCAGAGGAGUUCAGUUUCCUAAAACACGAUUUCUUGGUUGGUUUCAACAUCGAUCCGUAUAAGAGUACUAGGGAGCAAGCUUAUGUCAAGAAGGCUAGUCACAAGGCGCUGCUAAAGUUUCGGAAUAAGGAACUCAACUGUUUAAUAGCGACGAGCGUGAUUGAAGAGGGCGUGGACAUUCCUCAAUGCCUGUUGGUACUGCGCUUCGAUGCGCCAUUGGAAUAUCGCUCCUAUAUUCAAAGCAAAGGACGAGCGAGGAGUGCAGAUUCCAGCUUCGUUUUAUUAGUGAACUCAAGCGAUCGAGACAAAUUUAUGAGCAAAUACCAUAGCUUCAUGCAGACUGAGAAAUACAUUCAAAAGUUACUCGUAGGAUCCUCGGAUACCAGAGAAGCUCCUUCGGAGUCUUCCAUACAAACCAUGUACGACGAGGAUGACAUUCCACCAUACAACAAUCCCUAUGGAAGUUGUCUCCACGCAGUAGGAGCUAUAAGUUUACUCAAUCGCUACUGUUCGUGCCUACCGCACGACCAAUUUACAACGAUAACUCCCAUGUGGAUUAAGGAGUCGGUUGACGAUCACAGGGGGCAUUAUGCGGGUAUAGUCGUCACCAUAAUCAUGCCCAUCGCUUGUCCUGUCAAAGAACCAAUAAAGGGUAAACCGUACCUCAACCUGAAGAUAGCCAAGAGAUCAGCAGCACUCAACGCGUGCAUAAGACUGCACCAAGAAGGCGAACUAGACCGAGUGACAAUGCUGCCUCGGAAUUAUGGAAAUGUGGACUUCGAGGUCCCGGACAUAAGGUCCUGCUUCCUAAACUGGCCAUGGGAUCAAGAAGAUGAAGAUGACGAGGGUGCCUCGCAUAAGGCUGGCACUAAGAAAAGAAUGCGAAAACAUGAUAAAGUGUUCCCAUUAUACCUAUCCGGAUCCAUGUCACACAGCCAGCAAUACUACCUACACAUAAUAAAACUUAAAAUCGGCUUCGAAAGGCCUCAAGAAACUCGCGAGCGCGCGCUCUACGACCUUUUACUAAGAGACGAGGGCUACGGGUUCAUAACGCCUGAAGCGGUCCCUAAAAUAUGCCAGUUCCCUAUGUUUCUGGCGGUCGGGGAUGUGAUGAUUGAAGUGCAUAUGAACUAUGCGGUCAUACCGCUUAAUAGUGAUAUGGUGGAUCUUAUCAAAAGGUUCCACUUCUUCGUCUUCGACCAAGUCCUGGAAAUCGCCAAAAAGUUCCUCAUCUACGAUGGCACUGUCAACAACUUAUUUGUGGUGCCAGUUAAAGGCAGUGCUGGUGGCUACGAUAUAGACUGGCAAGUCAUGCAGAAAUACAAGGAGAUUCCUCCGGUACCUCCCUCAGGGCCGCCUUACGAGGAAAGAAAAGCGCUGGAAGUGACGCAAGAAGAUUACCAAUACUCUGUAGUGACACCCUGGUACAGAGGCGCCAUCUUGCCGAGCCGGUACAUAGUGUCGAACGUGAUAGAGUAUAUGACUCCAAAGUCGGCUUUCGAUGACUCGUCUUAUGACACCUAUGAGCAAUACUACUCAGCGAAAUACCACCUGGAGAUUAUUGGCAGAAAGGACCAGCCGUUGCUUGAGGUCCGCAACAUAACAACUCGCAUGAACUGCCUGUUACCCCGAGCGGCCACCAUCAACGCGUUCACAGAUAAACAAAAGAAGUUAAUCUCAGUAUCACAGGGUGACGACAAACCGAAAAGUUUCACCGAGAUCUUCAUUCCUGAGUUCUGUGUGAAGUAUGACUACCCGGGAGUACUUUGGUAUAAAGCUACAAUGCUGCCUAGCAUCAUACACAGAGUUCACAUGUUAUUGAUUGCGUACGACCUUCGCGCUGAAAUCACCAAAUACACUCAAUAUGGACUGAUGCACUUGCCUAAAGGUACCGAAAUAUUUUUCAGGAUAAAUAACCCCAUAGACCCUGAGAACGCGCCUCGUCGGCCAAUCGUGUCCAUGAAGGAAAGUCUGUACCAACUGCAACAGAAAAAGAUAAACAAGGAAUAUCCUUGGGAUGCAAAAAUGGAACCAAUCGACAUAGAGCGCAACAUAUCGUCAGUAACACUAAUGGACAUAGAAUGCUACGACGAGUUCGUGUCAGCACCUUUAUACGCACGUGAGGAAAUGUCCCAGUUAUCGGUUAUGCGUUCGCCACCGCGUGUUCCGAACGCUACGGCAGCGGCAGCGGCCAUCUUGCCACCGCCACUUAAAUACAACGACAAAAUCAAGCUUCUCUCCCUAAAGCCAACGGGCCGGGGCCCCGAACUACGCGACAUUCUCUUCGCGCUUACCACAAUCAACUCCCACGAUACAGCCAAUUUGGAGCGCGCAGAAACCCUGGGAGACUCCUUCUUGAAGUUCGCUGCCAGCUUGUAUUUGUACCACAAGUUCCCGAAACUGAACGAGGGACAGCUGACUAAUAUAAAAGGCAGAUUGAUUGGUAACAGGAACUUAUACUACGCCGGCGCACGGGUAAAGCUAGGUGGUCGUAUGAAGGUCGAACAAUUCAGUCCGAGGAAGGAUUUCCUCGUGCCAGGCUUCUUGGCUCCGAGGCAGGUGCAGCAGUUCAUGGAGGGACAUUGCCUCCGCCCAACGUUCCUGAUAGGCAUACAGUUCCCGCUACACGAGGCGCUCAGCGGGAACCUUUCCGACGAGAGUUACGAGCAAGUCACUCAGCGAUACAGCGAGAAUGGCGUCGUGGAGAGGGAACCUCCGGGCGGCGCGCAGAAUGUCAUGCAGUGCUAUGUGCGCUCGCAAGUUGUGUCCGACAAGAGCGUAGCGGACUGCGUGGAGGCGAUCAUUGGCACGUAUCUCCUUCACGGCGGCGUACUAGGCGCCGUCAAAGUACUCGAAUGGCUGCGAGUCCUUCCUGCCCAGGACAACUUCGCGUCGUACCUCGGCAAGAAAGUGCCCACGGUCAUCACAGACGGGAAGAGCACACUGGCAGAGAUGGAUUUCCUCCUCAACAGCUGUCAGAAGGACAUCGAGCAGAUUAUCAACUACAAGUUCAACGACCCGUCCUUUUUACUUGAGGCCUUAUCACAUCCGUCUUAUAUCCGGAACCGCCUGACUCGCUCCUACGAGCGUCUAGAGUUCCUCGGCGACGCCAUCUUGGAUUUUCUGAUCACAUCGCACAUAUUCGAGAACUGCGAUCAACUGAAACCAGGCGAGCUCACAGACUUGCGUUCUGCGCUAGUUAAUAAUGUCACAUUCGCGUCCUACGUCGUCAAACUGGGACUGCACAAGUUCCUUUGCUCCCAGCUGAACCCGACUCUAGACAAGGCGAUAAUGAUGUUCGUCGAGCACCAAGAGCAGAGAGAUCACGAGAUCAUCGAAGACGUGCUGUAUUUAAUUGAUGAGGAGGACUGCCAUAUCGCCGAAUACGUGGAAGUUCCUAAGGUUCUCAGUGACAUAUUUGAGUCGCUAAUGGGCGCAAUAUACUUAGACAGCGGCGGCAACUUAUCCGCCGUAUGGGCAGUGGUAUAUCGCAUCAUGCAUCGCGAGAUAGAAGCCUUCUCUACACGUAUCCCACAGCAACCAGUGCGGGUACUCUACGAGAGGAUACACGCCUGUACCUCCUUCGGAACCGCCAAAGUGGUGGAAUGCAGCACGCCCCGAGUUAUGGUCCCCGUCACAUUCACGAAGAACGGCCGCCCGCACACCGCGCACGGUUUCGGCGGCAACAAGUUCCAGGCCAAACGAGCCGCCGCCAAGCUCGCGCUCAAGAUAUUAGACUCCUAGACUGACUGUAUGUAGUACCGUUGCAUCAUUCAGUCAUUCAUUCGUUCAAGUGUCGCCCGCGCACCGCGCACGGUUUCGGCGGCAACAAGUUCGCUAGACUGUCUUAAACUAACUACAUUUUCCGGUACAUCAUUCAUCAUCAUGCCGAAGCAUGCGGCACUUCGUGAAUGAAUGAAUAUCACGAAGUGCCGCAUGCUUCGGCAUCAAGUUCCUGGCCAAACGCGCCGCCGCGAAACCAGCACUCAAAAUAAACUACGUGAUUACACACGUCAGUCAUUCAUUCGUUCACGAAUUGUUGUCCGGUCACUCUUAAUCAAAUUUUUUUUAUAUUCAAAAUUAUGAACUGUUAUUUUGUAGGUAUGAUUAUGUGUAUUUACAAUGAAUUGGUUGUGUCCUUUAAGUGUCGUACUUUUAAAUUUAGUUUUAUAUUUGUGUCAGUAAGUACCUAAAGUCAGAAUUGACUAGGAUAAUUACGCUUUGUGCAAUUGUAAACCGUAUUAGAAUGCAUGAAGGUUCACUCUAACUGUUGAAUGGUUGGAUAAGAACUGUUUAUUAUAGUGACCAUUAUAAGGAUGUUACUCCUUUAUUCAUAAAGUUAGUAAGCCGCUAAUAAUCGUUUGUCCCUUUCCGACGUAUUGAUAUGAUGGGAAGGGACAAACGAUUUUGACGAACUUGUCAACUUCAGUAAACGUAAGGGGGUAAGGAAGUAAGAAAUUUUAAAAUGUGUUAAUCUCUGAAGUGUUACCUUGAGGCCGGUUCACACGUAUUAAGUUGUCAAGUAAUUAACUAAAUUUUAACUUAAUUUUAAGCGACUUAAAGCGUGUAAACAAUCAAUUUAGUAAUAAGUUACAAGUUAAUAUUUAGCGUGCACUUAAGCAAGUAAAUUAGAAUUUUGUCUAUUUUUCGGUUAAGUAGGUGGGCGUGAACUACCACUUGAUACGUUUGGACAGGCACGAUUUAGUUAAAUAUUAGUUAAUUGUAUAAGUUUGGCGGAGCGGUUGCGAUCGUAUGUUCGUGAGUUAUCUUUUUUGAAAAAUGUCGAAGUGGUCGGAAGACACUACAGUGAAGUUUAUUGAAGAAUAAUUAUGUUAAACAAAGUUGCACUAGCGCCAUAUUCAUUCCUUCUGCUUAUCCAGUUUCUCACCCAGUCUCGUGGGUGCUCUCGUUUCCCUGUCUAUUUCAUCCUUCAGUUCAUCUAAAACCUCGCUGAAUACGAAUUUAAUUACUGAAUGAAUGACUUGAACGCGCUGUUGAUCGUCCAUUUCAGGAUGACUAAAGAGCUUAGCUGUUUACGAGGUGUAAACGCUUACUUAAAAUUAAGUCGCUUAAAAUUAAGUUAAAAUUUAGUUAAUUACUUGACAACUUAAUACGUGUGAACCGGCCUUUAGG